CGGACGACACUGAUUUUGAGGGUUGGCUAGAGACUACCGAGUCCCAUUCUGAGCCCGCGGCACCCACAAUCUUGGGGCUUCUGGGUCUUGCCUGCCCUGGUUCGGCCACCGAGACCCACGUUCCCUGCGGCCCGCGGUCGGGGUCUAGGGAGUUGGCUGUGUAAGUGACGAGAGCUCAUGGACUGUAAGUUGGAAAGGAGUGCUCAGAGAACAGAGUCACUGGUGUGGCCGGGACAAGAAGGUUUCCCAGAGGACAGAGGUGAAGAUGGACUCUCUGAGAGCUUCCAGCUUCUGCAGAUGGAUGUGGGGUACGAGCACCAAGAGGAAGAGGCCUGCCCUGCAAACAGUGCGACAUGGAGCUCGAAAAAUGUGCAGAGAAAACAGAGACACUGGGAAAGGAUAGUCUCCUCGAAGAAGAGCAAAAGGAAGCAGGAAAAAGAAAGAAGAAAAGUCAAACGUGCAGAACACCCAGGCACCUGCCCCCAGCACAGCAAACGCUUUUUGAAAGCCUUAACCAAAGAGAGACUUUUGGAAGCCAAACACUCAGGACCAAGACUGUGUGUUGACUUGAGCAUGACCCACCACAUGUCAAAGAAGGAACUGAGUAGGCUGGCGGGACAGAUUCGAAGGUUGUAUGGUUCAAACAAAAAAGCCAGCAGGCCCUUUUGGAUCUGCCUCACUGGAUUCUCAACUGACAGCCCCCUCUAUGAAGAGUGUUUGAGGAUGAAUGAUGGAUUUUCUGCGUACUUGCUAGAUGUAACAGAAGAAGACUGCUUUAGUUUAUUUCCUCUGGAGACCCUUGUGUACCUGACUCCUGACUCAGAACAGGCCCUUGAAGACAUUGAUCAAAACACAGUUUACAUCAUUGGUGGACUUGUAGAUGAAAGCAUUCAGAAGAAGGUGACCUUUCAAAAAGCUCGAGACUACUCUGUGAAGACAGCCCGCUUGCCAAUACAGGAAUACAUGGUCAGGCGUCAGAAUGAGAAAAACUACCAUUCAGAAGUACUGGCCAUCAACCAAGUGUUCGAUAUCCUGUCCACUUACUUUGAGACUCACAGCUGGCCUGAAGCAUUGAAGAAAGGAGUUUCUCCGGGAAAAGGCUACAUUCUUCGGAAUGCAGUGGAAUGAUGGGCAGUCCAAGAUUCCAGCUGUAGUGCGUAAAGGACCAAAGGUGUCUUGACCAAAGGACAGGGCCAAGGGUGG